UUACUUUAACUUGUUGCUCCAGUCAGCUCCAGUGUAGCAGUGCAGCGAAAAAGAACAAGCCACAUGCUUGAAUCAUCGGUGUUUGAACCAUUAGAAUCUCAAAGACGCAAAAUUUUAUGAAUUAUAAUCAAAAUUAUAAUUUACUUAUAAUAAUAAUUUCAAGUUUGCUGUUCUGACAAUUUCCUGAGGUCUAACGCGCCCAAGUUACAGUUUCGUAUAUUCAUAUGAAUAUACAUUGGUGAACGAUGUAUCGAUCAAACAUCAGUUGAUUACAGCCCGCUCCUCUUUGUUUGUCAAUGUGAUGUGGUGCCUUCAAUCCCGCUGUGGAAUUAUUUAGUACAAUUUAUUUAAUUUAAAAUGGAAAAAGGCUUGACAAAAAAAUAGGAGGAGAAAGAACCUCGUUUUUAAACGUACGCUAGGGAAAAGUUAUUGAAGCAGCGGGAAUUCGAGUGAAUGCGAAAAUGUUCAAGAACACCUUCCAGAGUGGUUUUCUCUCCAUUCUGUAUAGUAUUGGCAGCAAGCCGUUACAAAUCUGGGACAAGAAAGUGAGGAAUGGACAUAUCAAAAGAAUCACUGACAAUGACAUACAGAGCCUUGUUCUAGAGAUACUGGGCAGCAAUGUUAGCACAACAUAUAUCACAUGUCCUGCAGAUCCAAGAAAGACUUUGGGUAUAAAAUUGCCUUUCCUGGUAAUGAUUAUCAAAAAUUUAAAGAAGUAUUUCACAUUUGAGGUUCAGAUAAUUGACGAUAAAAAUGUACGUCGCAGAUUUCGCGCUAGCAAUUAUCAAUCCACGACGAGAGUAAAACCAUUCAUAUGUACUAUGCCGAUGAGAUUAGACGAUGGAUGGAAUCAGAUACAGUUUAACUUGGCUGACUUCACACGUCGUGCCUAUGGAACAAAUUAUGUGGAGACAUUGAGGGUUCAAAUUCAUGCUAAUUGUAGGAUUCGACGGGUGUAUUUUUCAGAUCGAUUGUAUUCGGAGGAUGAAUUGCCAGCGGAAUUCAAAUUAUUCCUGCCCAUUCAAAACAAGGCAAAGUGUUGAGAAUUAAUGAAGGAAUACGCGUGCAUUAUUAGUAAAAGGAAGAAUUAUACCCAAUAAAACGUUUCUUUAAAAUCUUGUUCGAAUUACUUACAAAAUAAAAGAUUUUCAAUUGACGAUCACCUUAACUUUAUAUGAUGCUUAAAAAAUAAUGUAUAAUAUUUAAGAUUAAUUUGUUACUUAAUAGAAUAUUGAUUAUAUGUCUUAUACGUUUACAUGUUAAGAUGACUGUAUUUAUUUAUCACUAUACAUGGAUAAAAAGUA